UCCUCGCCACCGCGCGGGGAAGACGCAGGUGAAUCGGGCGCGGUUUCACGGAACCCAGCGCCGGCCGCCUGCCCGCCCGUCCGCCCGCAAUCGUCCCGGUCGCCGCCGGGCCCCAGGGACCGGGCCGCAGCACACCGGGCACCAUGAACAGCAGCGGCGCCAACAUCACCUACGCCAGUCGCAAGCGGCGGAAACCGGUGCAGAAAACAGUAAAGCCAAUCCCGGCUGAAGGUAUCAAAUCGAACCCUUCCAAGAGACAUAGAGACCGACUUAAUACAGAGUUGGACCGUUUGGCUAGCCUGCUGCCUUUUCCACAAGAUGUUAUUAAUAAGCUGGACAAACUUUCAGUUCUUAGGCUCAGUGUCAGUUACCUAAGAGCCAAGAGCUUCUUUGAUGUUGCGUUAAAAUCCUCCCCACCUGACAGAAACGGAGGCCAGGAUAACUGUAGAACAAAACUCAGAGAAGGCCUGAACUUCCAAGAAGGAGAGUUCUUAUUACAGGCUCUGAAUGGAUUUGUAUUGGUCGUCACUGUAGAUGCUUUGAUCUUUUAUGCUUCACCUACUAUACAAGAUUACCUGGGGUUUCAGCAGUCUGAUGUUAUACAUCAGAGUGUGUACGAAUUUAUCCAUACUGAAGACCGUGCUGAAUUUCAGCGUCAACUACACUGGGCAUUAAACCCUUCACAGUGUACAGACUCUGGACAAAGACUUGAUGAAGCUAAUGGCCUUCCACAGCCAACAGUCUGUUAUAACACAGACCAGAUUCCUCCAGAUAACUCUUCCUUUAUGGAGAGGUGCUUCAUAUGCCGACUAAGGUGUCUGCUGGAUAAUUCAUCUGGUUUUCUGGCAAUGAAUUUCCAGGGGAGGUUAAAGUAUCUUCACGGACAGAACAAGAAAGGGAAAGAUGGAUCAAUACUUCCACCUCAGUUGGCUUUGUUUGCAAUAGCUACUCCACUUCAACCACCAUCCAUACUUGAAAUCCGAACCAAAAAUUUCAUCUUUAGAACUAAACACAAGCUAGACUUUACGCCUACUGGUUGUGAUGCCAAAGGAAAAAUUAUUUUAGGAUAUACUGAUGCAGAGCUGUGCAUGAGAGGAUCAGGAUAUCAAUUUAUUCAUGCUGCUGAUAUGCUUUACUGUGCCGAGAACCAUAUCCGAAUGAUUAAGACUGGAGAGAGUGGCAUGACAGUGUUCAGGCUUCUUACCAAAGAAAAUCGAUGGGCGUGGGUUCAGUCUAAUGCACGCUUAGUUUAUAAAAAUGGAAGACCAGAUUAUAUCAUCGCAACUCAAAGACCUCUAACAGAUGAAGAAGGAACGGAGCAUUUACGAAAACGAAAUAUGAAGUUGCCGUUUAUGUUUACCUCUGGAGAAGCUGUGAUGUAUGAGGUAGCCAGCCCUAUUCCUCCCAUGAUGGAUCCCUUACCAGUAAGGAAUAAAAGCAGUGCUAGUGCAAAAGACUCAGCCACUAAAUCAACUGCAGAUAAGGAUUCUGUCAAUCCCAGUUCCCUCCUGGGUGCGAUGAUACGACAAGAUGAGUCUAUUUAUCACUAUCCAGCUUCAAAUACUGUACCCUUUGAAAGAAACUUUUUAAACAGAUCUAUGAAUGAAUGCAGUAAUUGGCAAGAUAAUAUUACACCAAUGGAAAAUGAUAAUAUCCUGAAACAUGAGCAGAUUAGUCAGUCUCAGGAAAUGAACCUGAUACUCUCUGGAGGGCAUGCAGGGCUCUUUCCAGAUAAUAAAAAUAGUGAGUUGUACAGCAUGAUGAAAAACCUAGGAAUUGAUUUUGAAGAUAUCAAACACAUGCAGCAGAAUGAGGAAUUUUUCAGAGCUGACUUUUCUGGUGAGGAUGACUUCAGAGACAUUGACAUGGCGGAUGAAAUCCUGACGUAUGUCCAAGAUUCUUUAAAUGAAUCUACCUUCAUGUGUUCAGGUUACCAGCAGCAACAACCCAUGGCCCUGAACUCAAGCUGUAUGGUACAGGAACACCUACAGUUAGAACAACAGCAGCAGCUACAGCACCACCAAAAGCAAGGAGUGGAGCAGCAGCAACAACUGUGUCAGAAAAUGAAGCAUAUGCAAGUUAAUGGCAUGUUUGCAAAUUGGAACUCUAACCAGUCCGUGCCUUUUAGUUGUCCUCAGCAAGACCUACAACAGUAUAAUGUCUUUUCAGACUUACAUGGGACCAAUCGAGAAUUUCCCUACAAAUCUGAGAUCAAUAUUAUGCCUUAUACACAGAACUUUAUUCCUUGUAAUCAGUCUGUAUUACCACAACAUUCCAAAUGUACUCAGUUGGACUUUCCUAUAGGGAAUUUCGAACCAUCCCCAUACCCUAGUACAUCUUCUAGUUUCGAAGGUUUUGUCCAUUGUUUACAAGGUACUGAAAACCAAGAACAUGGAAUAAAUCCACAGUCAACUGUAAUGACUCCUCAGACAUGUUAUGCCGGGCCUGUGUCAAUGCAUCAGUGCCAGCCUGAAACUCAGCACACCCGCUUGGAUCAGAUGCAAUACAAUCCAGCAGUCCUAGGACCACCGACAUUUCUAAAUGAGAAUGGAGGAGUUUUAAAUGAAACAUAUCCAGCUGAAUUAAAUAACACUCAGACUACCACUCAUCUUCAGCCUCUUCAUCAUCCAUCAGAAGCCGGACCUUUCCCUGAUUUGACAUCCAGUGGAUUUCUGUAAUUCCAAGCCCAGUUUUCACCCUGGUGUUUGGAUGCUGCUUAAAUUAGCUUGUGAAGGAUUGCAGAGUAAUAAAACUGUCAGUGUUGGGCAACAACAAGUUGUGAUAUGGUGGCAUUGAUGCACAUUGUUCACAUUGUUAUUCUAAACCAUACUUUAAUUUGCAUCUCUAGAAGAAGAGUUAAAAAAUAAAAGAAAAAUUUGUGUACUGCAGUCUUUAAAAUAUGCUGCCACAGAAUAAUGAGAUACCAUACUACCUUUCACAUUAUUCUGAGCCCCACAAAAUAUGCAAAACUUAUUCAGAGGGAUUUUAAGAUUCUUUUAAAUAAGAAAAUUUUCUCUAUUCCAAUUAUUUCUGUCGGAAUAAAAAUGAAAUACUUCAGGUUUAGAACUUCUGGAUUCUUAUUAGUACAUCAAAUACAGAGUUUUAAAAUUAAACUAUUUUUUCCGUUUGUUAACUAUACUUUUAUUUCAGAUGUUAAAAUAGUGGUUUGGUGUUUUUAUAAAAAACAUAAUCUUAAUGCUUUUCUUCACUGUUAAUCUAAGUGCCUCACAAUUUUUUCUACCUAUAAUACUGUAAGAUGUAUAUUUUAUAUAAAAUAUACUUUUUCUUUUUUAAUUAAAUUAAUAACAUUCAUUUUAUGCACAAUUAUUAUUUGUAUUUCUUAAAACCAAUUAUUUUUAUUAAUUCAGGCAUGUUUUAACUGCACUACUCAUUUCUUAGGUAAAGGGCAAAUAAUGAUUGAAAAGAUAAUUAUUAUAUAAUCUAGUUGCUUCUAAACAUUAAAUGUUGCUAUGUGCCUUAUAUGGAAAAAAUUUGAAAGUAAAAAGUCCUGCCGAAUUGCCCAAUUAUCUCUUAAUUAUUAUUUAACUAUUAAGAUUAAAAAAAAACCAUUGCCAUCGAGUCAAUUCCAACUCAUAGCAACCCUAUAGGACAGGGUAGAAAUGUCCCAUAGAGUUUCCAAGGACCUUUUGGUUAGCAGUUGUAGCUCUUAACCACUUCGCCAUCAGGGCUCCAACUAGUAAGAUCAAAAGAAACCCAUUGCCAUUGAGUCGAUUCCGACUCAUAGUGACUGUUAAGAUAGUAGCACUCAGUGUUUCCUGAAGAAAAAAAUGUACCACUAUAUACCUUUACUGGAAUCUUUGCAGUGACAGUUGGAUGUUGCAUUGUGAACAGUCUUUUAAAUGCAACCAUGUUUGUUAAAUUGCAAUGAAGAGAAGCAGCUUUGUUUCUAGCUUCUUGAUUAAAUUAAGCAAAGCCAUCCUUGUUAGUGUGUAUAAAUUGUCUUUAAAUACUGUUCUAGAUUUAUAAUCCUUUCAGAUAUAUUAUGUUGACUUCAUAAAUUCCUUUCUUUAAAACAGUGAGAACUAUUUGUUUUUCUCAUAUUUGAUGAGUGUUAAGAUUGAAGAUACCAAUGUUUGGUGUAAAGUAUUGUUAUGAGUGAAAUGAAUGGUGCAUUGUAUAGUUUGUAGCAAACAAAAUUAUCUGUAAAAUAAUUUCAAUCUUUCAUUUAAAAGUAGUCCAUACUUCUGUGUAUGCACAUAAAUAUGUUUGGUUUUAUAUAUUUUACAGUGUCUUUUUAAGAAAUCAAAUAAUAAAUCCAACUGCUUUGAAAGUGGUAUUAAGAAGAAGACAACCAUGCAGCUCUUUUAACUUCAAACAUUAGGUUGUUUCUAUGGUAUAAUGACCUUUAUUAUCAAUAAGGCAAAGUAAUCACUAUACCGACUUUACUGGAAUCCCAAACUGAGAUGUACUAAUAAAGUACAACUUUCUUUUUUUUUUUUUUAAGUACCAGUGUGUGUAAAAGUGGCUUUAGGCAAAGUAUCUAUGUCAAUACUGUACAUUUGCAGUCAAAAUUAUCAAUCUAUAGAAUCAAUUUCAGUGUUGAAGAAAAACUAUUGUCUAAAACAUUUCAUAAUUUGUUUCCAGUGUGAGGUGUCACUAAAGAUUUAGACCAGUGGUCUGUAUUAAUACUCCAUUUUUACAUUUAAAGCUUUCAUUAAAAAAUCUUCAUAUACACCAUUCUUGUUAGUAUCUUCCACAUUAUUGGAUGAAUUACGUUUAGUGAAAAAUAGGCUUUGUAAAUUGUGUGAGUAUGAUGACAGUUAUACACUUACUAUAAAAUUAAGUUUCUAAAGCAAUAUUGUAUAUUUUUAUCUAUAUAAAAUAACUAAAAUUUAUCUAAGAAUAAUAAAAUCACAUUAAACCAAAUACACCUUUGUCUGUAUUUUAAGUUCCAAAGAAAGAAAGAAUGCUUUAUGUAUUGCAUUAUUGAGGGAUUUAUUUUUAUAUGGUGUGCACUUCUAAGGAUGUAUAUGUGUUCAAUUUGAACUUUUUCUAUAUCUGAUUGUUUUUAGAGUACAGGAUUACCAAUGCUCCAAUUUAUUAUGAAGCUUUCAAUCUUUACUAUGCACAGACUAGUGUUUUUCAGUAUUGCUCAAUUUUAGGAUAAAUGUUUUCGUGGCUUUUUUCUUUCCUUCAGAAUGUUAUUGCUUACAUAUGCCAUGCAUACAUUUUUGUUUGUUUAAAAUACUGACUUUUAAUUUCCAUACUUAUCAAAUGGAAUUAUAUACAAUAGUAUAAUAAAGUUAUCACCAAGUAUGAAAAAUAUGUUUUAAUGUAAACUGUUCUUUCUGAUCCAUAUAAAGGAAGUCAUCAUUUAUAGCAUAAUAGUAAAACUAUGUUGGAUAAUCUAUAAUAUUUAAGGAUAUGUUAAAUCAGUAAUUCAUAAACUUCUUAUAUAAGUCUGCCCUAGUUAUUUUGACCUUUACCUGAAUAUAAAAUGUAUACUUUCAGUAACUUCAUAUAUCAAAAUGUUUCUGAAAUGGACUGUUCAUUUAAAUCUUCUAUUAUCAGUGUUAUUACAUAUAAUGGUGUUAGUAUCUCAGAUCAAGAUCCAAACCACAUUCUAAUAAACCAAUAUUUUAAGCUUAUUUGUGAGGAAUUUUGAAAAGAGCGCUGGUUAGCUAUAUUAUGUGCUUACCUGUUGCCAUCAAGUCAAUUCAUAUUUUGUGCUUAGGUUAGAAAAAUUAUUGUUCAAAUCUAAGCUCUCUCUUUAAUAAAUGUAAGUGACACAUAUGCCUUUGGCCUUAAAUUCUUACCUAGUUAACAUUCACCAGUAAUUCUGCAAUUAGUUUAAAGAAAACAUUCCAAGGAGAAAACAGUUCUCAUUCCAGUAACAACCAUUUUUACGCUAACUUUGUAUUUGUCAUCUACAGUUGUUGGAUGUUUUUCUCAACAACCAUAUAUAAACAUAGCAAAUUAGCAUCAUACUUAAUUUUGAACAUCUUAGAUAACACUGAAUCUUUUGUCUGUUUAAGAAAUACAUGAGAUACUCUUUUAGUUACUUGGUCUGAAAAAAUCAAGUAAAAAUUUAGAUAAUCUGUGUCUGAUCUCCACUUGCACUCUCGGCUUCUGCCCACAUGAAUGACUUCAGCUUGCCCCCUUUUCACCAACUGUACCACACUGUUCUAGGAAUGUUAGCUACUGACAGGACUGGGUGAUACUUCUCUAAUUCUCUUUCACUGUCUACAAAUGACCUUGCUUCAAUGUUUUUACUUACAGAACUGAGACCAUCAAAAAUCCUUAACACAUCCUAAGUGUCCUGUACCAUCACCUCACAUUACCACUGUCCUUGGUUUCUUACUCUUACCUCCACUAUAUGAGAAGGAAGGGUUCCUCUACUCUCUAAGGUUAACACUUGUGCCAAGGUUAACGAGAUUCCAAUUCUCAUCCCCUUAGUUCUACAUUUCCCUUCUCUAGAGUCUUUUCUCGUCAUAGGCUUCCCUGUUGCGCACAUUUCCUUCCAUCCUGAAAAAU